AUGAACGCCGCCACCAACACGACCGCCGCCGCACCAGGCCUAGCUAGCGAAGUUAGCGCUAAGCCUCCCCAACUAGUGUGGAAAGUAGCCGACGUUGGAUACCUCUGGCCUGACGCAGAUAACGACAAGGCAAACGGACAGCCCCUAUUCCACGACAGCAAGGGCCAGGUUUACUACACUGACGCUAAUCUUUGGAUCGACCGGGUCCAAGAAUGGGCGGAUACACCAGAAAAGACGUUAGCUAUUGCGGCUGGAGCGCACACCCUGCUGAGAGGUGAAGCCUUCAGCUGGUGGCAGUUGCAGUUAUCCGACGAAGACAAGAAAUCGGUACGAAACAACUACCAGAGGUUACUUGACAAAGUAAAGGCCAGGUUUGGCAUCAAACUGGACGAGGCUGGCCAAUGGUUGGAUAGCCAUCCCUACACUCUUAGUGACAACCAUAAGGAUACCCCUAUCCGAAAAUGGGCUAUGGAUGUCUUUCGGUACGCUAGAGAAUGGGGUGAUCGAACGGAUCUAUAGCAACUGAUGCGACUAUGGCAAAUGCUGCAUCCUCGACUGCAAGGGAUGCUGGAUAUGCCGACAUAGGGAACAACAAAAUCGUCAUUCUUAGAGACUCUGCACCAGAAACAGCAAGCCAUUUAUCGCGAAGGAAAGGGC